GCGCAUGUCAUCCGCGGCCCGUUUGUGCAGCCUGCCUAGCGUUCCUGUGGGUGGUUAUUUCGGAGACGGACUGACUACGGGAGCCCAGCCGGCUCUUGCGGAAGUCCAUGCGCCAUUGGGAGGGACUCGGUGGCUGCUCUAUGCCCUUGUUGCUGAGGGCCUCUUCCUGGGUCAUUGUCGGAGCAGGAAUCGGACUGGGGCCGACACGGGGUUCCCCCCGUGGCCGUCUCAGCGCCUGUGUGUGGUCUGCUCUGGCGGGAUGUGGCGAGCAGGUCGGGCGGCCGUGGCCUGUGAAGUCUGCCAAUCCUUAGUGAAACACAGUUCUGGAAUACAAAGAAACGUACCGCUCCAAAAACUCCAUCUGGUUUCACGAAGUAUUUAUCGUUCACAUCAUCCUGCCCUCAAGCUUCAAAGACCCCAACUAAGGACACCAUUUCAGCAGUUCUCUUCUCUAACUCACCUUUCAUUACAUAAAUUGAAACUUUCUCCAAUUAAAUAUGGCUACCAGCCCCGCAGGAACUUUUGGCCAGCAAGGUUAGCUGCAAGACUCUUAAAACUUCGAUAUAUCAUACUGGGAUCUGCUGUUGGAGGUGGCUAUACAGCCAAAAAAACCUUCGAUGAAUGGAAAGAUAUGAUACCAGACCUUAGUGACUAUAAGUGGAUUGUGCCUGACUUUAUAUGGGAAAUUGAUGAGUAUAUUGAUUUGGAGAAAAUUAGAAAAGCCCUGCCCAGCUCAGAAGACCUUGCCAGUUUAGCUCCCGACCUGGACAAGAUUACUGAGAGCCUCAGCUUGUUGAAGGACUUCUUCACUGCAGGUCCCAAAUUGGUUAGUGAAGUCCUAGAAGUUUCUGAGGCCCUUCUCUUGUUAGGUUCACCUGGAGAAACAGCAUUUCGAGCAACAGAUCAUGGAUCUGAAAGUGACAAGCAUUACAGGAAGGGUCUGCUUGGUGAGCUCAUUCUCUUACAACAGCAAAUUCAAGAGCACGAAGAGGAAGCACGCAGAGCCGCUGGCCAGUAUAGCACGAGCUAUGCCCAACAGAAGCGCAAGGUGUCAGACAAAGAAAAGAUUGACCAACUUCAAGAAGAACUUCUGCAUACUCAGUUAAAGUAUCAGAGGAUCUUGGAGCGCCUGGAAAAGGAGAACAAAGAGCUGCGGAAGCUGGUGCUGCAGAAGGACGACAAAGGCAUCCACCACAGGAAGCUCAAGAAAUCUUUGAUUGAUAUGUAUUCUGAAGUUCUUGAUGUUCUUUCUGAUUAUGAUGCCAGUUACAAUACACAAGAUCACCUACCACGGGUUGUUGUGGUUGGAGAUCAGAGUGCUGGGAAAACCAGUGUGCUGGAAAUGAUUGCUCAGGCCCGGAUCUUCCCGAGAGGGUCCGGCGAGAUGAUGACACGCUCUCCAGUGAAGGUGACUCUCAGUGAAGGCCCUCACCAUGUGGCCUUGUUUAAAGAUAGCUCUCGGGAAUUUGAUCUCACCAAGGAGGAAGAUCUUGCAGCAUUAAGACAUGAAAUCGAACUCCGAAUGAGGAAAAAUGUGAAAGAAGGUUGUACUGUUAGCCCCGAGACCAUAUCUCUAAAUGUCAAAGGCCCUGGGCUGCAGAGGAUGGUGCUCGUGGACUUGCCUGGUGUCAUCAACACCGUGACAUCAGGCAUGGCUCCCGACACAAAGGAAACUAUUUUCAGUAUCAGCAAAGCUUACAUGCAGAAUCCUAACGCCAUCAUCCUGUGCAUCCAAGACGGAUCCGUAGAUGCUGAGCGCAGUAUUGUUACAGACUUGGUCAGUCAAAUGGAUCCUCAUGGAAGAAGAACCAUAUUUGUUUUGACCAAAGUAGACCUGGCAGAAAAAAAUGUAGCCAGUCCAAGCAGGAUACAACAGAUAAUUGAAGGCAAGCUCUUCCCAAUGAAAGCUCUGGGUUAUUUUGCUGUCGUAACAGGAAAAGGAAACAGCUCUGAAAGUAUUGAAGCUAUAAGAGAGUAUGAAGAGGAAUUUUUUCAGAAUUCAAAACUGCUAAAGACAAGCAUGCUAAAGGCACACCAGGUCACCACGAGAAAUCUCAGCCUUGCUGUGUCAGACUGCUUUUGGAAAAUGGUUCGAGAGUCAGUUGAACAACAGGCUGAUAGUUUUAAAGCCACGCGCUUUAACCUAGAGACGGAAUGGAAGAAUAACUACCCGCGCCUGCGAGAGCUCGACAGGAAUGAACUCUUUGAAAAAGCUAAAAAUGAGAUCCUCGAUGAGGUCAUCAGUCUGAGCCAGGUCACGCCAAAGCACUGGGAGGAAAUCCUGCAGCAAUCCCUGUGGGAACGAGUGUCAACACAUGUGAUUGAGAACAUCUACCUUCCAGCUGCCCAGACCAUGAAUUCGGGAACAUUUAACACCACAGUAGACAUCAAGCUUAAACAGUGGACUGACAAGCAGCUUCCUAAUAAAGCAGUCGAGGUUGCCUGGGAGACUCUACAAGAGGAAUUUUCCCGCUUCAUGACAGAACCCAAAGGAAAGGAACACGACGACAUAUUUGACAAACUUAAGGAGGCUGUGAAGGAGGAGAGUAUCAAGCGGCACAAGUGGAACGACUUUGCCGAGGAUAGCUUGAGGGUUAUUCAGCACAAUGCUUUGGAAGACCGGUCCAUAUCAGAUAAGCAACAGUGGGAUGCAGCCAUUUACUUCAUGGAAGAGGCGCUUCAAGGUCGUCUCAAGGAUACUGAAAAUGCUAUUGAAAACAUGAUUGGGCCAGACUGGAAAAAGAGGUGGAUGUACUGGAAGAAUCGGACCCAAGAGCAGUGUGUUCACAACGAAACCAAGAACGAGUUGGAGAAGAUGCUGAAGGUUAAUGAUGAGCACCCAGCUUACCUGGCAAGUGAUGAGAUUACCACAGUCCGGAAGAACCUGGAGUCUCGAGGAGUGGAAGUCGAUCCAAGCUUGAUUAAGGAUACUUGGCAUCAAGUUUAUAGAAGACAUUUCUUAAAAACAGCUCUAAAUCAUUGUAACCUUUGUCGCAGAGGUUUUUAUUACUACCAGAGGCAUUUUAUAGAUUCUGAGCUGGAAUGCAAUGACGUGGUCCUGUUUUGGCGAAUACAGCGCAUGCUCGCUAUCACUGCCAAUACAUUAAGGCAGCAGCUUACAAACACUGAAGUUAGGCGACUAGAGAAAAACGUUAAAGAGGUAUUAGAAGAUUUUGCAGAAGACGGUGAGAAGAAGGUUAAAUUGCUCACUGGCAAACGAGUUCAGCUGGCAGAAGAUCUCAAGAAAGUUAGAGAAAUUCAAGAAAAGCUUGAUGCUUUCAUUGAAGCUCUUCACCAGGAGAAGUAGACUGUGUCAAAGGCAAUCCCGAGGUGUGGGCUGUGGUGAUAUUUGUAUGUAGGAAAGCCCUGAGCAAGGGAAGCCAUCCUAAUUUCCCUGAUCUACCUGUCUGAGGUCCCUAAGGCCUUUCUCUCCCCCUUCACUUCUAUGCCUCUAGAGUCUUUCACAAUGUAUGUAAAUUGGACAGUUGGCCUAUUUCCUACCUCAAGUAUCCAUUAGUGGAGUGAAUCUAGAGCGGGCAGCCUUGCUUUAGUUUGACCAUUUUGUUAAAGUUACCCAGCAUCUGAAAAAAUAGCUCCCACUUUGUAAUGUCAGCACUUAUGGAGCGCCUCUGACUGGCAGAAUGACUUUUCUAUACAGUUAUUCUGAUGCUUUAAGAAAGAGGUCUAGGGCUGGAGAGAUGGCUCAGCAGUUAAGAGCACUGACUGCUCUUCCGAAGGUCCUGAGUUCAAAUCCCAGCAACUACAUGGUGGUUCACAACCAUCUGUAAUGGGAUCUGAUGCCCUCUUCUGGAGUGUCUGAAGACAGCUACAGUGUACUCAUAUACAUUAAAUAAAUCUUUUUUUAAAAAAUGUGAAUAAAAGAAAACAGUCUAGAAUGUGUGUGGUGGUACACUCCUGAGCAGAGACAGGCACCUCUCUGUGAGUUCUAGGACAGCCAGGGCUACAUAGAGAAACCCUGUCUCAAAGAGAGAAAAAAGAAGAAGAAAAAGAAGAAAUGGAUUCUGGGACUGGCAAGAUGGGUCUGCAGUCAAGGAGCUUUCUACCAAGCCUGACAGCCUGAGUUCCAUCCCCAAGACCCACAAAACGGAAGCAAAGAAGUGACUCCUGCUAGCUGUCCUCUGGCCUCCACACCCACACUGUGGCACAGGUGUACACACAAACACACACACACAUAAAUGAUAGGAAAAUGUUGGGGGAAAAAAGAAAUUCUAGUAUUUACAUAAUAUAUUUGAUAAAAUUGUGCUACUAUUUUAUGGCUGAUAGAGAUAAUUUUAAUCUAGCAGAUUUGAACAGUUAAGCUUUAAUUUUACAAUCAUGUCGUGAUAUAGUUGCUUAUAUCUGUCCAUUUGUCUUGCCAAAUCUAAGUUUAUCAAAUGGGUUUGUUCCUACAGAAUCCUGCUCAUAAUGUAAUCACCUCUGCGUUUAUUUGAAGAAUGAAAACUUGAGUCUUUUGUCCUGCCUCCUUUCCUCCCGUUCUACCCUUUUCCGUGCAAAAUAAAGUCACAGGGUAAAAGUCAUGUACGUGUGUUCCAGGCACUUAACCUGCAGCUGCCGUUUGAGCAGAAGAGCCCUGGACGUGGCAUCCACGGUCUGUGAGCUCGUGCUGACGGCAGACAUUGGGAAAACAUCACUGGUGUGGCCGUGAGGCUUAGUCCUCAGAGAUUAAGAAGUUGCUCUCUGAGUCGUGUUUGUGGUGGCACUGAUGUGAUUCACUAUGGCUGGUAUCACACGUACAGUGGUAGCUGCUCUGGAAUAAAACUUACAGUAAUUUUUUAAAAGGCAUCAAUUGUAUAUGACAAGAUGACAGUUACUGCUAAACCAUCAUGUCUACAGUGUUCUGUAUUCAGGAACGCUUUGACUGUAAACACUCAGUUUAUGUUCACCACAUGAAAGAAAGCUGGUUUAUAAACAGAUGCUUCAGCUGGGUUAAUUUAUGUUGGGCAGUUCAGUGUAUAUUCAGUGAAAGAAACAUCCACCCUCCAUUGCCAGCUUAGAAACUCGCCUUGGAAGCCAACCGCAGCAGCGUGCAGUCCAUCGCUGCUUUUGCGCCCUGUAUCCGUGUGCACUUAGUUCAGUUUGAAUAUUGUGUGCUCUCAGUCAGGCUUUCUGGAACAGUAGGUCUCUCCUGGUGACACAGCCAUUGAAUUAUGACCCACGCUGGAGAAGACUAAAGACCACCAGUUGACGAAUUUCAUUUAGAGUGCUAUCAAAUGUCUGAACUAGGCGUCAGGGAAAGGUUUCACAAUAGCCCUCAAACACUAUUUUAAAGAAAAAUUAUUCUAACAAGGGAAAAAUGUUGACCCACUCCCACUUAAAGCUGAAAAUUCUGUUUAAUUCAUUGCAGUUAUAGUAAUAACCUUCAUAAUAUUUUCAUGCGCUUUAUAUAAAAUUACGUUGGUUAAAAAAGCUUAAGGCAAACAGUACUUCAUAUUUACUUCAAAUGUCUUUUUCAUCUGCCACCUUUUUUAUUAAGGCUUUACUGUUCUGGUAAAAACACCCAGGGUUGCAGUUCUUAUUUACAGUUAAUUUUAUAACCAGUUUCCUUGGAAAUGUUUUUGUUUAUGAUUCCCUCGAAUCUGACAGUAUGGAAGGGGCAGUGUUUCAGAAACCAUGAAUUCAAUAAGUACUCUAUUUAAAUUAUCAAUAAGAAGCCUGGGUGCAAUUCUCAGAGCUACGACGAACAGUGCCCAUCCUUCCCUAGGACAAAUGUGCAGGUUGUAGGUGUGGGACAGUAGCGAACAGAAGCUCUAGAGAGCCCUGGGCUGAUUCCCACAGCCAUGAGGAUAUGCUCGUCCUAAGCCAGUGGUCCUCAACCUGUGGGCCAAGAGCACUUUGGGGGCUGCAUAUCAGCUACUUACAUUAUGAUUUGUAACAGGGACAGAAUUACAGUUAUGGAAGAGCAACAAAAUGAUGUCAUGGAUGGGGGUCACCACAGCACGAGGACUGUAUCAAAGGGUCCCAGCAUUAGGAAGGUUGAGAACUGCUGCCCUAAGCCCUGCUAGCCUCACUAGGGUGGAUAGGCUGAGGCCAGCAAGAGAAAUCUGCAACUUUCUCCCAAGUAAAAGUCUUAGAUUGGAUUCAUAUCUCUUUAUACUUUUUUUUUAAGUUGAAGAGAACUUUUAUUUCUUUGCAGGGAUCUAAAUUUGUAUCUUCAACUUAAACGUAUAUUACUAAAAACCCUUUCACUCUUGACCCCUGUGGGUUAUUUGUAACCUGGUUUCCUGCUAACUGCCCCCAUCCCCUGAAAGCUAUGUGUGUACGAAACGCAGAAGCUACAGGAAGGGUAAAGUUGAGUCCCAGCAGUAGACCCUGUGUAUCAUGUCUGUAGUUCAGGUGCUCAAAUAUACACAAGCCAAACUUGGACUGGACAAGAAGCCAUUUGCAAAAAUGGAGUGGAUAGGUUUUUCUUUUUUAGACAAAAUUUUAUUUGGAGAACUAAGGGAUUUUUAAAUACAUCAUAAGCAAAAUGACUUGGUCAGAAUGUCAGUUAUGAACCCCUAGUCUGUGUGCAGCAUGAACCACAGGAAGCAAGCUUGCUGCUUCAGCCACACACCAAGCAAUCUUCAGUUAGUUACAGGUGCAGCAGUCUGGGCCUUCCUCUUCGUCUCUCCUCAUCGGGCCCCGUUUUCCAGGCUGUAGUCAGUGGACUCCCACAGAUUCCUCAGUGACCAAAUGGAAAGGGUUGGUGUGGAAGCAAGUGAGACUUCCUAACUGUACAGCGUGGGAUGUCACAUGCAGGAUUCAGGUGGCAGAAGCAGGACAGUCACAAGUCAAAGGCAAGCCUGAGCUACAUAGGGACACCCCUGUCUCAAAAACAAAAAUAACAAAAUUAAGACUUUAGGCUCAGAAAGCAAAUUUCUUAUGUAGUUAAUUUUGUAUUUAUUUAUUUCAGAUGUAUUUAUCUGAUAAAAGAAACUUUUUUUCUCUCUCCAAUAAAUGAGAUCACGGUACUGGUGUGUCUCCAUCCUCUACGCUGGUGUAUGGUAGAUUGUCUUAUACUGUAGCAACUGGAAAUGUGCUUGAAAAUAUGCUUACCUUCUAAACGAUCAUGGCUAUUUGAUAUCUAAAUAUUUAAAACUUAACCAUGUCGUCACUGUGCACUGUGAAUGGACUUUGUAUUAUUUUUAAACCUUACACUCGAUGUAAAUGUUACUACAACUUAUAUUUGCCUGUGCUUGACCUAAGGUCAUUUGUGUAGAUGGGUAAUUAAAGGAUACUGAAGUGAUAUUA